GUUCAGGGUCCACCACGACGUCAUAUUGCUGACGGCCGACAACACCAAGGGUCUUCUUGAAACUGUUGGAUGGGCCUUUUAUGGGGAAUUUCUCGCUGGCGUGGGCUGGCACGAAGAGGUGCCGGAACAGGGUUAAGGGCCAACCUUGGAAGUGAGGUCACAACACGGUGGUCUUGACUGGAUGCGAUGAUGGAAGCGAAGAGAAGAGUUUUCGGAUCAGGCAAAGACGGUACGACUUAUGUAGCUUUGCAACCUUGACUCGCGACUCGAAUUUUCGUGCAAGAAUCCUCCAAUCUUUAUCAUCUAUCACAUCAAUUGCAACCUGAGCAGGAACUCGGUUUCUCAUAUCAAACUUUUUAUCUAUCUACAACUGUCCAAACACACCCCACCACCAACAUGGGCUCCACCACACAACUCGCAAACGCGAAGACCUACACCCUUUCCAAUGGUGUCUCCAUCCCCGCUGUAGGCUUUGGUACCUUUGCGAACGAAGGCUCCAAAGGCGAAACCUACACCGCCGUCACACACGCCCUGAAGACAGGCUACCGCCACCUCGACUGUGCGUGGUUCUACCAGAAUGAGGAAGAAGUAGGCGAUGCGGUUCGGGAUUUCCUCGCCCAGAACCCCAGCGUCACCCGCAAAGACCUCUUCAUCUGCACCAAAGUGUGGAACCACCUGCACGAGCCGGAGGAAGUCGAAUGGUCCAUCAACAGCUCGCUCUCGAAGCUGAAGUUGGACUACAUCGACCUGUUCCUCGUCCAUUGGCCCAUAGCCGCACAGUCGAACAAAGACCACAUGCCCGCCCUCGGCCCAGACGGCAAAUACAUCAUCAAGAAAGACCUGACCGAGAACCCCGAGCCAACAUGGCGCGCAAUGGAAGCCAUCUACGCCUCAGGCCGCGCCCGCGCAAUCGGCGUAUCAAACUGGACCAUCGCCGGCCUCGAGAAGCUGCUCAGCUUCGCCAAAGUAAAGCCCGCCUUGAACCAGAUCGAAAUCCACCCUUUCCUGCCCAACGCAGAGCUCGUCCAGUUCUGCCAGAAGAACGACAUCCUGCCUGCCGCCUACUCCCCUCUCGGCUCGCAGAACCAAGUCCCCAGCACAGGCGAGCAGGUGCGCACGAACCCCAAGCUCAACGAAGUCGCUCAGCGCAGCGGGCAUGAUCUCGCCCAGGUCCUGUUGGCGUGGGGCCUGCAGAGGGGCUAUGUUGUUUUGCCCAAGAGCUCGACGCCCAAGCGCAUCGUGAGCAACUUUGAGAUUCCCGUGUUGAGCAAGGAGGACUUUGAUGCUGUCGAGGAGGUGGCCAGGGGCAGGCAUACGCGUUUUGUGAACAUGAAGGAUACCUUUGGGUAUGACGCCUGGCCGCAGGAGGCAGAUGGCGAGCUGAAGGCAUAGUCUAGCUGUAGUGCUUGGAUGCAUGAUGAAAGGCGUUUUCCAGAGGCUGGUUAGACUCAUUGAUACCAAGAAGGCCUUUUAACAGGCUUGCAUAGACUCGCUCGAUGAGCAACGAAUAUAUUAUUUAC